AUGCCCACCGACUUCACAGCGAUCGCCAAUCAGGCCGAGGCCGACCUCAACACCUACCAGGCCAAGACUGGCGCGGCGCGCGCCCAGGGCCUGGACCAGGCUGGCAUCAACUCCAUGGCCGAGAAGAAGUUUGAGGACCGUGGCGCGCAGGUCACGCAGGGUGACGAGCUCAGCACCAACGGCAGCUUCAACAAGCGCAUCCCUCCCAGCGAGGGCGGCGUACUGGACGACAAGGGAAGACAAUCCCGAGGCGAGCAGUUUGACGACACAGAACGGUCGCUGGACAAGCUCAACCAGCCCUCGAAACACACAGCCACCAACGACGGUGAUGUCGUUCCUGCGCGAGUACCUCCCGUGGGCGGCCUCGGUGGUCAGGAUGACAUUACCACAAAAGGCCAAAAGGCGCAGAUUUCCAACGUCGGCACGAACCCGUCGGGACCUGGAGGCGGCGUGUACAAGGGCAAAAAGUAUGACACGGAUAGUGUUCCGGACCCUAAUUCCGCCGAAGGCUACAUUCAGCCUGAGAGUGCUGUGGAGGCUAGUCGUGAGACGAGGCAGUAA